GAUCUGGUCACAUGAUAGUCACAUGCCAACACAGUGCACGCAACGACAAAAUUUGCAGUGACUUGGCAAAAUCAGGAGAACAAGAACGCAAAUUAUUUGACAGCUCAAGACACUCAGUGCAACCACAAGUGUGUGUAUGUCGUUCUUCCAGAUACAAAACUCAAUUCUGGCCUUAUCUGACCACUUACCUAGAGAAAACUCGGACUCAACUGUAGCUACAGAUGCGGAUAUAACUUCUUUAGUAGUUACGUCCAACCGACCUUCAUCAACCAGUACUACACUGAAGUCCAUUUGUAUGACGUCUAAUCCCUUGGAUAGCAAACAAGUGCUUCAAGUUGCUCCCAUUUCAUGUGCAAUCCCCCAAAAACACUUUACGUUAGACACUUCUAGCUCUCUCUUCUCCCCUGAAAGUUAACCACCAGGCUCGCAAAGAUGGCAAUGGUGAAUGUGAACAGAGAAAACCCCGACCAAUUUUAUCGUUAUAAGAUGCCUUUAAUCUUGGCCAAGGUUGAGGGAAAAGGUAAUGGAAUAAAAACAGUGAUAGUCAACAUGGUGGAAGUUGGGAAAGCCCUCGGCAGACUACCAUCAUACCCUUGCAAGUACUUUGGCAUUGAGCUGGGAGCACAGACCCAGAUGGAUGCAAAGUUAGGCCGCUACAUUGUCAAUGGCUCUCAUGAGGGCCCCAAACUUCAGGACAUGCUCGACGUGUUCAUCAAGAAGUUUGUACUCUGUCCUGAGUGUGACAACCCAGAGACUGACCUGCAUGUCCAAGCGUCCAAAGGCAAGAUCCAGCAAGGCUGCAGGGCGUGUGGUAACCUCAACAUCAUAGACACUCGUCACAAGCUCUCCACCUUCAUCAUCAAGAACCCACCCAAUGCUACCACUGAGGACAGCUCUGGGAAAAAAGACAAGAAAAGAGGUCGUGAUAAGAAGGGAGGCAAGAGGGACAAGAAGCAGGACUCACCCACACACACCACCCAAGAUGGAGCCACUGAGAAUGGGGACGAUGACUUCUUGGAUGAUCCCCCCGUACAGAAUGGUGAUGAUGGUGGUGAUGACGACUGGAGUGCUGAUGUGACGGAAGAUGCAGUGAAGGCUCGGAUUGAGGGCUUGGCUGGUCAUGUGACCAACAUCACGCUCACUAGUGACCUUGAGAAGACCAUGGUGGACAGGGUUGACAGCUUCUACAAACUGGUGGAGGGCUUCAAGAACACUGGUGGAGCUAGUGCAGUGGGGUCCAACGUGGCCAAGAUCAAGGCUGAGGCUGAGAAGUUGGACCUCAUGGACAAGGCCGCUGGGAUAAUGGGGGAACUACUCUUUACUGAGCAGAUGAUCAAUGAGAUCAGCGAGUACCGCAUCAUUUUGCUGCAUUUUGUUGUGGAAAACCGCAAGGGUCAGAAGUACCUACUGAUUGGAGUAGAGCGUCUAGUAGGGGAAGUGUUCCCUUCUCUCCUUCCCAAAGUAGCCAUCAUUCUCAAAGCUUUCUAUGACAAUGACAUUCUCGAAGAGGAGGCCAUAUUGGAGUGGGCUGACAAGGUACCCAAAAAGCAUGUCAAGAGUGAUCUUGGCAAGUUGAUCCGUGAGAAGGCUGCCCCAUUUGUAACGUGGUUGCGUACAGCCGAGGAGGAGGAGUCCAGUGAUGAAGAGGUGGAGGUGGUCUACUCUGAGGCUCAGGCCGGGAAUUCGCUCAUUGUGCAGGAAGAGAAACCACCACAGCCAAUACUGGCUGAGGCUAGCGGCAUUGACAUAGAUGCUAUUUAAUCCCCAAUCCUCAGUCAUCCACAAUAUUCUAAAAACUGUUGAUAUACAUAAUAUAUUGCCUUAGCUACCGAGAUACACUGUGUAGAUAUUGUUUAUGUAGGUAUUAAUAAUAUGCACACUAGUACACUAGUAUGUGCUAGUGUAGUUUUGACAGUAUUCUUGUUAAACUGUCUGUGUUCAUUCAUUGGUUGUGUUUUGA